AUGCCUGAACAGAGGCCUCGCAGACAGGAGGAGUCCCACUCGGGCUUCAAGGGUGCCCUCCAGGGCCUCGGAAUCUUCCUGCUGGCACAGUUUGCUAUUAGCCAAUUCUUUAGCAACAAGCAGAGUGCUUCCCCCAGUGCCAAUUCCGGUGGUAUUCCUGCUUUCGCAGAUCGCCCGCAUCCGAGCGAAAUCGCCGAGUCUAGUGCCAUCCCCGAUCUCAUCGCUCCUAUCUGGCCGUCCGACAGCGCCGUCGAUCUCAGCAUCUAUGUGACACCCUCUAUAAUCGUGCCCAACUUCAAGUCCUCGGAUAGCGUGCUUGUGCUGCAGGAGAAGAACUUCACCAUUGGAAACUACAGUGACACCCGCGAGAUCGCCACCACCAUCAAGGUCCCGAAGCAGGUUCAGCAGAAUGGAACUCUUUGGGCUCACUUCUUCCUGGCCCGCACUGGCUACCAAUUGGACCCAGCUGCCAAGGACUACAACACCGCCGAUGCCGUCAAGAAGCUGAAGAACCUCUUGGCUACUGCCGAAGAGGCCGAACAGCAGCAGGAUGAUGACAAUGUUCCAGAUGUGCAGACAAUGUCGUACUACCACCCCAACUUCACCUUGUCUCUGAUCCCAGACUCUGGAACUCUGAAGUUGGGCCAGAUGCACCCCGCGGCUCGCCAGUACUUGCAGCUGGAGCGCACUGGUGCUCGCGAUGCCACUGGAAAGAACGGAUGGUAUUACCCUAUCGCCUUCUUCAACACGUUCUGGCAAUUGAAGAGCCACAUGACCGAGUUGAACUCCACCGUUGAAACCCUCCCGUUGCGCAUCACUGUGAACAACAUGGCCAACUGGAAGUUCGGCAUCCUCGCCAGUGUUGACGAGGGCUCGAAGCAAAGUUCUCGCCAGGCUGCAUACGGUGGCUCUGCCCCCGGCGGUGGCGAUGGAACUGAGUGGGAGAUGGUCAAGGAGAUCUUGUUGGACACCAACAUCUGGCUCCUCGGUACCACCGGUGUAGUCACCAUCCUGCACAUGCUGUUUGAGACCCUGGCCUUCAAGAACGACAUUUCCCACUGGCGUAAGAAGAAGGACAUCGUCGGUACCUCUGUUCGAACUAUUUUGGCAAAUGUCUUCAUGCAGGCUGUUAUUUUCCUGUACCUCAUGGACAACAGCGAGAACACAUCUUGGAUGAUUCUGGCCAGUCAAGGAUUCGGUAUCCUGCUGGAGUUCUGGAAGAUUACCAAGACCGUCGACGUUCGCAUGCGCCCUCCCCCGGCCAACUCUUGGUUCUCCUUCUUGCCCUAUGUGAUCGUCUUCGAGGACAAGCAUAAGCUCUCUGAGACUGAGCAAAAGACCAAGGAGUACGAUGAGAUUGCCUUCCGCUACCUUUACAUCAUAGCCGUGCCCCUUCUGCUGGCCUACGCCGGAUACAGCUUGGUCUACAACACCCACAAGUCUUGGUACUCUUACAUCAUCCAGACUCUCGUGGGUAGCGUCUACGCCUAUGGCUUCCUCAUGAUGGUCCCCAGUCUGUACAUCAACUACCGACUGAAGUCUGUUGCCCACAUGCCCGGCAAGGCCCUGACCUACAAGUUCCUCAAUACCUUCAUCGAUGACCUGUUCGCCUUCACUGUCAAGAUGCCCUGGCUCCACCGCCUGGCUACUCUCCGUGACGACGUCAUUUUCUUCAUCUGGCUCUACCAGGGCUGGAAGUAUAAGGUUGACUACAAGCGUGUCAACGAGUUUGGCCAGGGAGGUGACAGCGACGAGGAGGAGGAGCCCACCCCUGCCGUCGAGGACAAGAAGGAGCAGGAGGUCGCUAAGUCUUCUUCCAAGGCUACUCCCAAGUCGGACACCCGCAAGAGAAAGUGA